AUGGAUGAUGAAAUCGAUCAAAUAUAUGAAUAUUUGAAAGGCAAAAACAAUUUAGGAUUGGAAUCAAGUUUCUUUAUCAGGGUCUUGCUUAAAAAUAGAAUAAUUUAAAGGGGUCAAAUUCAGGAUAUCAAUGAGAAAAUAAGAAAUAUUUAGAUGUUUGAACAAUCUAAGUUGAUAAUCAAGGCAUAAGCUUUGAAACAAAAAGACAAAAAACUGUAACAAAAGAUUACUCAGCUAGAAAAAUCUUAUAAACCUAAGUAGCCUAGACAAUCAUUAAGUGGAUCUGGCUCUAGAACAUCUUCUAGAUAGAAUUCAUCAAAUGCCUCUAGAGAAGCAAUAUCAGUUGCGAAUGUAUAGAUAGAUAAAAAUGAAUUUAGAUAAUUAGUUAAGGAACUUGAUUAGGAUAUAAGAUCAAGACUUCUUCAAGAUUAUUAAAAUUUGAGUACUUAGGAAAUGUUUAACCAAGUUGACUAGGAUGAUUUGGUCCUAAGCAGAAGUUCCAACUGGAUUAAUCGUGGUAAUGUUGGUGAUUCACUGGUCAUUAUAAAUGAGGACUCAGGAGAUGACGAGUCAGAGCCAAAGUAAGGUUUCGAUUUCUAUGAUAGAGUUCAAAAUAACUCUUAAAUUUUUGACAAAGCAUAAGAAUUAAAAGAUAAUGAAGGCCAUUUAUUUAGUGGAGAUGAAUAGGUCAUAACUAGAAUGAAUGAUAAUAAUAAUAAUAAUGGACCAGCAAUAAAUCACUUGCAGAUAGAUUUAAAUUUAGUAGAAAACCUAAAUGUACUAAAAUAAGACGAGGAGACCUUUGUAAUGAAACAAUCUAAUAGAUAUAAGAUUAAUUCUCUUACUAGCAAUGAGGCAGUAGUGAAAUAAGGUACUGGAGGAUCCUUGGCAUAUUAAGAAUAUCUAUUUUCUUCAAGAGGUCCCUCAGUCCAAUUUCCGUCACCAAAUCCUAAAAAGAAUUCCCUGCAUAUUCCAGAUGACCAUAAAAGAUUUGAGAGCAAUUAUAAAAGUUCGGAGCAGAAAAAAAUUUUGGAGUCUUAGGAAUUCGAUGAUAUCUUGCUUAAAAUGAAUAAAUAAGAGUCGAUCUAGGUGAUUCAGAAGUAAAUAGCUGAUGACCACGACCACAUAAAUGACGAUGUGCGUGUUGAUGAGAUUGAUUUUGAUAUAAAUUCAUCUAAAUAGUAAACACCUGAUCUUAACAUUAAGAAGGAAGAAUUAGUGAAGCAUAUUUCAUAAAUAGAAGUACCUGGAAACAUAUAAUACGGAUAGGAAUAAAUCCUUACUCCAAAGGAGCAUUAGAAUAAAGAAUAAAAUAAAAGCUAAAAAUGUUGUAAAUGCAUAAUUUUCUGA